AUGGAGGAGCCUGCUUAUCCACGUGGAUUAUCACAAAUUCACGACAUUGUAAGCGAACAACAUACCUACCGCUUGCCCGAAAUCAAGCCAAAGAUAGACAUUACAAUACUGAAAGGUUCAAAAGGAGAGCAAGGUGAGAGGGGAUUGCCAGGAAAAACAGGCAAAGAAGGACCCAAAGGCUCCACUGGCAUUAUUGGUCCCAAAGGGAACAAAGGACUGCCAGGAACUCCAGGGAACAGCUGCAAACAGUAUUAUGCUGCAUUUUCAGUCGGCCGAAGGAAGUGGAUGGAGAGUGAAGAGCUUCAGACACAGCUGACCUUUGACACUGAGUUUGUGAAUCUCUAUCAGCACUUCAGUAUGUUCACUGGAAGGUUCUACUGCUACAUCCCAGGUAUCUACUAUUUCAACCUCAAUGUGCACACCUGGAACUUCAAGGAGACUUAUCUCCACCUAAUGCACAACUCAGAGGAGGUGGUGAUCCUGUACGCCCAGCCCAGUGACCGCAGCAUCAUGCAGAGUCAGAGUGUCAUGCUGGAACUGCGGCUGAAAGACGAGGUGUGGGUCAGGCUGGACCGAAGCACCAGGGAAAGUGCUGUUUACAGUGAUGAGACUGACGUUUACAUCACGUUCAAUGGCUACUUAGUCAAGCCAACAGAGUUUGAAUAG